CGGCUCCUUCGCGCGCGCCUGCCCCUCGCGGCGCCUCCCGGGCUCCCUGGGCGCCUGCCCGGCCCGCGGCCGCCUCUUCCUCCCCCAGCCCCGCGGCGCCUGCCGCAGUCGCCGGCAGCGGAGCAGCGCCGAGCGCCCAGGUCCCUUGCCGAGUCCUCCCGCCCACCGUACCUCGUCCUCCGGACCCCUCUCGGGCCUGACGUCCUUGCUCUCCACCCCCUCGCCCCCAUGGUCCCAGAGCCCGGCCCCGCCAACAACAGCACCCCGGACUGGGGGUCGCGGCCGCCUCCGGACCCCGCAGGCAGCGGCUGGGUGGCGGCCGCGCUGUGUGUCGUCAUCGCGCUGACGGCGGCGGCCAACUCGUUGCUCAUCGCGCUCAUCUGCACGCAGCCCGCGCUGCGCAACACGUCCAACUUCUUCCUGGUGUCGCUCUUCACCUCGGACCUGAUGGUGGGGCUGGUGGUGAUGCCGCCGGCCAUGCUGAACGCGCUGUACGGGCGCUGGGUGCUGGCACGCGGCCUCUGCCUGCUCUGGGCCGCCUUCGACGUGAUGUGCUGCAGCGCCUCUAUCCUCAACCUCUGCCUCAUCAGCCUGGACCGCUACCUGCUCAUCCUCUCGCCGCUGAGCUACAAGCUGCGCAUGACGCCCCCGCGCGCCCUGGCGCUUGUCCUGGGCGCCUGGAGCCUGGCCGCGCUCGCUUCGUUCCUGCCCCUGCUGCUGGGCUGGCACCAGCUGGGCCGCGCGCGGGCCCCUGCCCCGGGCCAGUGCCGCCUGCUGGCCAGCCUGCCCUUCGUCCUCGUGGCCUCGGGCCUCACCUUCUUCCUGCCCUCGGGCGCCAUCUGCUUCACCUACUGCAGGAUCUUGCUGGCCGCCCGCAAGCAGGCGGUGCAGGUGGCCUCCCUCACCACCGGCAUGGCCGGCCAGGCCUUGGCGACGCUGCAGGUGCCCAGGACCCCACGCCCAGGGAUGGAGUUGGCUGAUAGCAGGCGUCUGACCACCAAGCACAGCAGGAAGGCCUUAAAGGCCAGUCUGACACUGGGCAUCCUGCUGGGCAUGUUCUUUGUGACCUGGCUGCCCUUCUUUGUGGCCAACAUAGCCCAGGCUGUGUGUGACUGCGUCUCCCCAGGCCUCUUCGAUGCCCUCACGUGGCUGGGUUACUGUAACAGCACCAUGAACCCCAUCAUCUACCCACUCUUCAUGCGGGACUUCAAGCGGGCCCUGAGUAGGUUCCUGCCGUGUCCCCGCUGCCCCCGGGAACGCCGGGCCAGCCUGGCCUCACCCUCCAUGCGUACCUCUCACAGCGGCCCCCGGCCGGGCCUGAGCCUGCAGCACGUGUUGCCACUGUCCUUGCCACCUGACUCCAAUUCUGACUCGGGCUCAGGCUCCGGUGGUUCAUCGGGCCUGCAGCACACGGCCCAGCCGCUGCUGCGUAGAGAGGUCCCCCGGGACCCCCCGCCCUCUGCCAGGGUUGCUGCUGUGGUCAAUUUCUUCGACAUCGAUCCGGUGGAACCCCAGCUGCAGCUGCAUCCACUUGGUGCUCCCACGAACUGACCUGGGCUUGGAGCUGGUCAGUGGGGAGCUGAACCGGAUGGGACCAAGUCCCCAAGGCCUUGGACUGGCUCUGGGCUAAGGCUGGAGGCUGCAGGUCU